AAGUUCUCAAACCAUAGCCCUGUGAGUUUGCCCCAUGUAGAAUACAGAUUUAUUUAUUCCCAAAGAAUGAAAUGCACACCCAACUUCCCAGUUAAAUUAAACAAGGAUGGAAUUUGCGGCUCCUGGAACCAUCCGGGGGUGGCCACUGGCCUCCAGGACCCUGCUCAGAUUGUUCUCCUACUGGGAAAAGCCACUGCCCACACCCAUGGUGGGGGUUGGUGCUGCCCCUCUUCCUCUGCUCUGUGCUUCUCAGAGGCUUCCUGAUUGGGGUGGGGGGAGCAGUGUUGGUUGUCUUGGGAGAGUUUUAGCUUUUCCAGAAAGUGUUUGAACUUCCUUCUUCUGUCCUUUAGACACCCCCAGCAAUUAAGCAUGACCACCCAGCCAAACAGUCCAACACAAGUGGUUGGGGGAAAGGGUGUGUCACGUUUCACCCUCCUGCUAGAAAGGAGGAGACCACUGGGAUCUGGGGGCUGUGCUAGAGCGGAGUUCCACUGAUCUGGAGGUAGGGACAAUGAAUUCUAGACCCCAGAUAGUUGACUACCUUUAAACAAGGAAUCUCUGUGCCUUGGUUUCCCCAUCAGUAAAACAGAUAUGACUUACUUGUCCUCUUAUCCUCUUUCAAAGACCUGAACAAGAUCUUGAACUAGACCCUGACAGGCAAGAGGCAGACAAGCCCUUUACCUCCUGACAACCAGACAUUUUGCAGGAGUCUUGCGCUGUCUCAAGGACGCAAUACUCCCAUGAAAACCAUGGUUCUAACUCCUUCAGGAGUCUAUCCUCUGACAGCAUCCAGGCUGUGCCUCUCCACCGGUCCUUGACGUCUUGAUGAAGGUGAGAAUCAGAGGUGCAAGAGCAGUCAGAAGGGGGAGGCCCUUAAGGACGGCCCAGCAAGUCCACGAUCCCGAAGUGAGGAAGCCCAGAAAGAGGAACCAAGUGGCUCCUUGUCCCCUCUUGGCGACCUGCCUCCACCACCGCCUCCCUGGAGCACCCCGCUGGCUUUCCCUAUGGAUGAAGAGAGCGACCUGGCCCAGGGCCACGAGCAGAGCUGCUGGGCCAGCCUGCCUGACGUGUGUUUGCGCCGGGUGUUCUGGUGGCUAGGAGACAGGGACAGGUCUCGGGCGGCGCUGGUCUGCAGGAAGUGGAACCAAACGAUGUACUCCGCCGACCUGUGGCGGUGCCGCACCAUCACUUUCAGCGGGAGACCUUCCCGGUCCCACGCGUCGGAGUUCGAGUCGGCGCUUUGGUACGUGAAGAAGUUCGGCCGCUACUUGGAGCACCUGGAGAUCAAGUUCCUGAACCCGUACAACGCCGUGCUGACCAAGAAGUUCCAGGUGACCAUGCGGGGCCUGCUGUCGUGCCUGGGCAAGAGCAACAGCCGCCUCAAGUCCCUCUCCAUCCAGCAUCUGGAGCUCGACCGGCUGGUGUGGAGGAGCAGCAUCCGCACGUCCUUCAUCAAGAGCCUGAGCUUCUUCCUGAAGAAGGUGAGCAAGCACCUGGCCUACCUGAACCUGAAGGGGGCGCGGCUGGCCGUGGAGCAGGGCUGCCAUGUGCUCAGCGCGCUGAGCCACCUGCGCAGCGAGAGCUUCGCCUCGGAGCUCAACCUGGAGGACUACUUCAGCCACCACCUGGCGGUCUACAGCAGCCCGCAGUUCAACCAGACAAUGGCCAUGUUUCGGAGCCUGGCCGUCCUGACGCUCAACUAUAACUGCAUCUCCGACGAGCUGCUCGAGACCCUGGGAGAGAACAAUGCCAGCUCCCUGUGGACCAUCAACAUCAAAUGCCACAUCCACGACCCCCACGGCCAGGUCAUCUGGGGCAUGUCGUGGGCCAAGCUGGCCAAGCACGCAGCCAACCUCAGGGUCAACUUCUUCUUCGAACGGGUCAUGAAGCACGAGCGUCUGACCCGAAUCCUUCUGCAGGAGAUUCCCGUCAGAAGUGUCAGCCUGAGAAGUUGCUACUUCAGUGACCCCGACUGGUCUAUGCGGCCAACCCUCACUGACCUGCUGCCCACCUACCGCCACACGCUGCAGAAAUUAACUUUCGAAUUCAACAACAACCAUGAGUCUUUGGAUGAGGAGCUUCUCCACCUCAUCUUGUCCUGUGAGAAGUUGUUUUACUUCAAAAUCUGGGCCUUCCUAGACGUCAAAUUUGUGGAGAGAAUCUUGCAGAGCCAGGAAGAAGGCAAAUGCAUGCUUCGCACACUCAAGGUGAGAAUUUACACAAACAGAUAUGAGACAAAUGAAGAGGACAGAAUGUUGCGGGACAUUUACCGAAAGUACAGAAACCUGAUCGAUACAGAGUUUAACUAUUUUGUCAUCGCCUACCCCAUGAUGUGAGGAGCACACCCAGGAGGAGAGUGGCUUUGCUGCCCUGGGGCUUCUGAGCCCUGUCCUCCACAGAGCUGUCCCUGGAGCCUUCCUCAGAGCCUGGUUCUCCCUGCAGCCAGAGCAGAAUCCUGAGUGUGUGGGGCCAGGUGCUCUCCCAGCCUCCCAAGUCCUUUAAAUGCUGUCUUUACAUCCACCCUGGGCUGCUGAUUCCUCUGCU